CCUGCCCACUCCUGCUGCUUCCCGGAGGUGCCAGAGGAGCAGAUUGUGGCCCAUGGGGCCCUCGGUGCUGCCAGCCUGGCUGCAGCCCAGGUAUAGGAAGAAUGUGUAUCUUUUCAUCUAUUACUUAAUUCAGUUCUGUGGCCACUCAUGGAUACUGGCAAAUAUGACAGUCAGAUUCUUCUCAUUUGGGAAAGAUUCAAUGGUCGACACGUUUUAUGCUAUUGGGUUGGUUAUGCGGGUUUGCCAAUCCAUUUCCCUCUUGGAGCUACUGCACAUUUAUAUUGGCAUUGAGUCAAAUCAGCUUUUCCCCAGGUUUUUGCAGCUCACAGAGAGAGUUAUUAUCCUUUUUGGAGUGAUCACCAGUCAAGAGGAAGUCCAAGAGAAAUAUGUAGUAUGUGUUUUAUUCAUCUUUUGGAAUCUACUGGAUAUGGUAAGGUACACUUACAGCAUGCUGUCAGUCAUAGGGACAUCUUAUGCUGUCUUAACAUGGCUCAGUCAAACACUGUGGAUGACAAUUUACCCUCUGUGUGUUCUUGCUGAAGCAUUCACCAUCUAUCAGUCACUGCCUUAUUUUGAGUCAUUUGGCACAAACUCCACCAUGCUUCCGUUUGACAUAUCCACCUAUUUCCCUUACGUGCUGAAGCUGUAUCUCAUGAUGCUCUUCAUAGGUAUGUAUUUCACCUACAGCCAUCUUUACACAGAAAGAAAAGACAUUCUCCGCCGAGUUUUUUCUGUCAAACAGAAGAAAAUGUGAGGUAGCCUGUCGCACAGGAGAGAAGAUGGGCUGCAGCAAAUACAAAACUGGGCAUCUGCUAGAGAAAAAGAACAGAACUGGACAAAAAUCUAUCAUGGCACUGUGUUGCAGAGAUAUUUAAAUCGGCAUUUUCUUGGGCCAACUAUCUAAGCUGAGGUGGCUCUGCCUAGCUCCGCUGCCAUGUUCUGUAGCCAGAGGCCAUGUGUGCACUUCAGCUAGAAACGGCCAGCCAGAAACACCAGCGUGGGAGAUGGCUCUGCCAAUUUUCCACAUUGUCUCCAUAAGGCUGGGCAGUACCCAGACCAUCCCGAAGGUCUGGUAAGAAAAUGAGACUCUAAUGCUUAAUAUUAAUCAAAGGUUUUAUAUGUUUGGUAACACUCAAUAACAACAUGCUCAUACAAUUAGAGUUGUAUCCCAGUUAGCUAACUUAAAUAUAAGUCGUUAUCCAGGACUGCUCUCCACACCUGCAUGGCUCUUCACUCUCCUACAUCUCUGCUCUCCCUAGCUCCUCCUGUUCCUUUUCCUCUUCCUCUCCUGACUCCUCCCAUCUUAACUCCUCCUACAGCACUGUGUUCUGAAGCUCCUGUGCUUUAAGAACAAAUCCCCAACAGGUGCAGCAUAUACUGCUUCACCAGGGCUGUGGGCUUUGUACUAGUUACAUUUAUAAUGAGAGAACUCUGAAUGUUUUCCUGUAAUGUUAAUUAGAAACAGAUUCUGUGGAGUAAAUUCAGUUGACUUGAGAAACCAACUGAUUAACUUCUGCACUUGAAACUAACAGAUUUAUAUGAAGGGGAUGUGGUGAAAUGUCCUCUUUGAUUCUAGGAUAACAUACUCUAUAGACAAACACCCCUGCCCUUAGAACCAUGAACAUUACAUAUACCCAGAAAACAUCUUCCUGUAUCUUAGCUCAGGUUGCUGUUGUGUCAUGAAGUACACCCCUAUCUAAUAGAACUUGGUUGUCAAGACUACAGAAGUUUAUGUUUUAGGGUUUGGGAGACUUGAAUGUACAAGAGCAGGAUGCUAGCCAAUUCAAUAAGAUUAGUACAGGCAUGAGCCAUAGACCCGACCAGCCUCUCUAGUUUGAGCUGUAGCUAAUAGAGAUAGAAAGACAAUUGGGCUUCUUAGAUUUGACAGAAUACACCCUUGCACUCUUUUGGGAGGCAAUCUUGUAAAUGCAUGGGGGCAGCCCUAUUUAAUAGCCUUGAUUUAGAUAGUGAGUUCCCUAAGAAAAUGGGAGCUUCCACUCCAAAUGUUGUUUCUUUCUCAUCUCUGACCAAAAGUCACCUUUACCACACCCUGAAAGGUGCUACCAGCAUCUUCAAACCCUCCACCUUCUACCUCACUAAUUUCAAAGAGGCUUCUCCAUGUCUACACUUUGUAUAUAGCAGUGCCUUAGCUUUUGUAACUACUGGUCACUUAGUCUGGAUUGUUGUAACAAAAUAUUAUUAAAUUGAGUGAUUCUGAAAUCAAAAAGCUUAAUAACAGGAUGCUAAGUGACAAGUGACUUCUGAGUGUGGGGUGCAGAUGGAUGCCUCCUUGCUGUGUGGCCACGUGGUAGAGAAGGAAAAUACUUCGCCCAGAUCCGUUCUUGUGAACUCACUAAUCUCCUUCAUAAAGGCUCCCUCUUCGUCCCUACUUACUUCCCAAAGCCCCACCUCCAAGUACUUCCUCUCCAAAAAAAAAAAAAGUUAACAUCUACUAAUUCACAUCAUAAAAUGUUAUUAGUGGCCCCUUGGUUACUAUGGAGCUUUUAUAUUAUGACUGUAACACGAUUUUAGACAGUUGCAUAGAUAACCAUAUCUGUGCCAAAUGCACACCUUUCCAGCCCAAUCUGUGCUUGGAUACUUCCAAGAGGCAGAAGGUAGCUCUAACCCUACACUGGUGCAUGCCCAAAUACUAUUCGUCUUGAUAACUUGUGUUUUUAAAAGCUGCCAGGAGAAGAUUUGUAACAAAAUGCUCCUUUAUGUAGUUAAGAACAUGGUCUACAGAAGCAGCUUCCUGUUUGGGUAAAACAAAGUGAAACAUCUUAAAGGAACAAUUUACCUCUUACUUGGGGUCACACAGGUAACCAGGAGAGAGGUCACUAUUAUUUUAGUAGCACAGCAUUGAAUUUAGUCUUUAGUGUUCCCAAUGUAGACUCUUUAGAGGUCCAACAGCCAGAAAACCACAUGACUUUUCCAUCCAUGACUGCUCAAAACAAAGAACUAGGAAAGAGAGGACUGAGGAUUGUCUUAUUUCCCUCUUUUUGUAAACUUCUGUUUUCCUGUGUAGAACAGGAGGAAACACCAGGUUUGAGAAGAAACUGGGUUGAAAAGACACGAUAAUUCUGAAAUAUGAAGUCUAUGCAGAUUCUUCCAUUCCUUGGGAUCAGCAAAUGUUUGGUCGCUGAUUCACAAUGAGAAAAUGUCUUCAGUGCCCACUUCCUCUUCGCUAAUCAGUGUCUCCUGUGUUCCAAGGUACUCUGGAAUCCAGAGCUCUUUAAUGCAUGCAGAAAAACCUGGUCUGCUACUGUAUUCUCAAGCUUCCCAGUGCCAAAAGUCUGGUGUUUUUCUUAGCAGAUGUGCACCUUAAAGUGCGAGCCAAGAUAACUGAUGCAGUAAAAAUAGACAUUUUUGCUCCAUUUUAAAGCAGAAAACAAUGUCCCCCAUGGUACUGUUGCAAGACUUCAAACAAGCUAAGCAAAAUGAAACAUCUAGUGUUUUCACAAUCUGGUACCCAAUAGUAAAAGCUAGAUGACUUUCAGCCUCUAGUUGGUAGGAAAUACACAAUAGUGCAUGAUGUAUGGGAAGAAGAAGAAAAGCUGGUAUAAAUUACUUCUACCUUUUCUUUUUUUCUCUUGGCUUCAACUAUUUCUUGGUAGUCCAAUCUGAAAAGGAAUUAUAUAUUUGGAAAACAAAACUAGUAGUAUGUUGCGGCCUGCGCUGCCCCACACUUGGGGGCCAGAAAUGUUGAGAACUGCACUACCCCA